CUUCUUGGAGUGCUGGGGAACUUUUUCCCCUUCUUAAGGCCAGGGGAAAGGGAAUGCCCAAUUCAGAGAGACAUGGGGGCAAGAAGGACGGGAGUGGAGGAGCUUCUGGAACUUUGCAGCCGUCAUCGGGAGGUGGCAGCUCCAACAGCAGAGAGCGUCACCGAUUGGUGUCGAAGCACAAGAGGCAUAAGUCCAAGCACUCCAAAGACAUGGGGUUGGUGACCCCCGAAGCAUCCUUGGGUACAGUUAUCAAACCUUUGGUGGAGUAUGAUGACAUCAGCUCUGAUUCAGACACCUUCUCUGACGACAUGGCCUUCAAAUUAGAUAGGAGGGAGAAUGAUGAACGUCGUGGAACGGAUCGGAGUGACCGCCUGCAUAAACAUCGUCACCACCAGCACAGGCGUUCCCGGGACUUACUAAAAACUAAACAGACCGAAAAAGAAAAAAACCAGGAAGUCUCCAGCAAGUCGGGAUCGAUGAAAGACCGAGUAUCAGGAAGUUCAAAGCGUUCAAAUGAGGAGAACGAUGACUAUGGUAAGGCACAGAUAUCCAAGAGCAGCAGCAAGGAAUCCAGGUCAUCCAAACUCCAUAAGGAAAAGACCCGGAAAGAACGUGAGCUAAAGUCUGGACACAAAGAUCGGAGUAAAAGUCAUCGGAAAAGGGAAACACCCAAAAGUUACAAAACAGUGGACAGCCCCAAACGGAGAUCCAGGAGUCCCCACAGGAAGUGGUCUGACAGCUCCAAACAAGAUGACAGCCCCUCAGGAGCUUCUUAUGGCCAAGAUUAUGACGUUAGUCCUCCGAGAUCUCAUACCUCUAGCAAUUAUGACUCCUACAAGAAGAGUCCUGGAAGUACCUCAAGAAGGCAGUCCAUCAGCCCACCUUACAAGGAGCCUUCUGCCUAUCAGUCCGGUACCCGGUCACCCAGCCCCUACAGUAGACGACAGAGGUCUGUGAGUCCUUAUAGCCGGAGACGGUCGUCCAGCUAUGAAAGGAGUGGCUCUUACAGCGGGAGAUCACCCAGUCCCUAUGGUCGAAGGCGCUCCAGCAGCCCUUUCAUGAGCAAGCGGUCUCUCAGUCGAAGUCCGCUCCCCAGUAGGAAAUCCAUGAAGUCCAGAAGUAGAAGUCCUGCAUAUUCAAGACACUCAUCUUCUCAUAGUAAAAAGAAGAGAUCUGGGUCACGAAGUCGUCAUUCCAGUAUCUCACCGGUCAGGCUUCCACUGAAUUCCAGCCUGGGAGCUGAACUCAGUAGAAAAAAGAAGGAGAGAGCAGCUGCUGCAGCUGCAGCAAAAAUGGAUGGAAAGGAAUCAAAGGGUUCACCUAUAUUUUUACCUAGGAAAGAGAACAGUUCAGUGGAGGCUAAGGAUUCAGGCUUGGAGUCUAAAAAGUUACCCAGAGGUGUAAAAUUGGAAAAAUGUGCCCCAGAUACUGAACUGGUGAAUGUAACGCAUUCAAAUACAGAGGUCAAAAAUUCUGUAGAUACAGGGAAGGUAAAGUUGGAUGAGAACUCUGAGAAGCAUCCUGUUAAAGAUUUGAAAGCACAGGGAACAAGAGACUCUAAACCCAUAGCACUGAAAGAGGAGAUUGUUACUCCAAAGGAGACAGAGACACCAGAAAAGGAGACCCCUCCACCUCUCCCCAUAAUUACUUCUCCUCCACCUCCUUUACCAACUACUACACCUCCACCUCAGACACCCCCUUUGCCACCUUUGCCUCCACUACCAACUAUUCCACAACAACCACCUCUGCCUCCUCCCCAACCAACAUUUAGUCAGGUUCCUAUUCCUAGUAGUUCAACUUUUCCCCCUUCUACUCAUCCAAGGACAUCUACUCUGUCCUCUCAGGCAAAUUCUCAGCCCCCUGUACAGGUUUCUAUGAAGACUCAAGUAACUGUAACAGCUGCUAUUCCACACUUGAAAACUUCCACUUUGCCUCCUCUGCCCCUCCCACCCUUGUUACCUGGAGAUGAUGACAUCGAUAGCCCAAAAGAAAUUCUUCCUUCAAAACCUGUAAAGAAAGAGAAGGAACAGAGGACACGUCACUUACUCACCGACCUCCCUCUCCCUCCUGAGCUCCCUGGUGGGGAUCCAUCUCCCCCAGACUCUCCAGAGCCAAAGGCAAUUACACCACCUCAGCAACCAUACAAAAAGAGACCAAAAAUUUGUUGUCCUCGUUAUGGAGAAAGACGACAAACAGAAAGUGACUGGGGGAAACGAUGUGUGGACAAGUUUGAUAUUAUUGGGAUUAUUGGAGAGGGAACCUAUGGCCAAGUAUAUAAAGCCAAGGACAAAGACACAGGAGAACUAGUAGCUCUGAAGAAGGUGCGAUUAGACAAUGAGAAAGAGGGAUUCCCAAUUACAGCCAUUCGUGAGAUCAAAAUUCUUCGUCAGUUAAUCCACCGAAGUGUUGUUAACAUGAAGGAAAUUGUUACAGAUAAACAAGAUGCACUGGAUUUCAAGAAGGACAAAGGUGCCUUUUACCUUGUAUUUGAGUAUAUGGACCAUGACUUAAUGGGAUUGCUAGAAUCUGGUUUGGUGCACUUUUCUGAGGACCAUAUCAAGUCAUUCAUGAAACAACUAAUGGAAGGAUUGGAUUACUGUCACAAAAAGAAUUUCCUGCAUCGGGAUAUUAAGUGUUCUAACAUUUUGCUGAACAACAGUGGGCAAAUCAAACUAGCAGAUUUUGGACUUGCUCGGCUUUAUAACUCUGAAGAGAGUCGUCCUUACACAAACAAAGUUAUUACUCUAUGGUACCGACCUCCUGAGCUGCUGCUGGGGGAAGAGCGCUAUACACCAGCCAUAGAUGUCUGGAGCUGCGGGUGCAUCCUUGGGGAGCUGUUCACAAAGAAGCCUAUAUUUCAAGCCAAUCUGGAACUGGCUCAGCUAGAACUGAUCAGCCGUCUCUGUGGUAGCCCUUGUCCAGCUGUAUGGCCUGAUGUUAUCAAACUACCCUACUUCAACACUAUGAAACCGAAGAAGCAAUAUAGAAGGCGUUUGCGAGAAGAAUUUUCUUUCAUUCCUUCAGCAGCACUUGAUUUAUUGGACCACAUGCUGACACUAGAUCCUAGCAAGCGUUGCACAGCCGAACAGACCCUACAGAGUGACUUCCUUAAAGAUGUUGAGCUCAGCAAAAUGGCUCCUCCGGACCUCCCUCACUGGCAGGAUUGCCAUGAAUUGUGGAGUAAGAAACGGCGACGGCAACGACAAAGUGGUGUUGUGGUAGAAGAGCCACCUCCAUCCAAAGCCUCUCGGAAAGAAACUACCUCAGGGACAAGUGCUGAGCCUGUGAAGAACAGUAGCCCAGCACCACCUCAGCCUGCUCCUAGCAAGGUGGAGCCUGGGGCUGGGGAUGCAAUAGGCCUUGGUGACAUCACACAGCAGCUGAAUCAAAGUGAAUUGGCAGUGUUAUUGAACCUGCUACAGAGCCAAACUGACCUGAGCAUCCCUCAGAUGGCACAGCUGCUUAACAUCCACUCCAACCCAGAGAUGCAACAGCAGCUGGAAGCCCUGAACCAGUCUAUCAGUGCCCUGACAGAAGCCACUUCCCAGCAGCAAGACUCAGAGUCCAUAGCCCCAGAGGAGUCUUUGAAAGAGGCACCCCCUACUUCUAUAGUCCUGCCUUCAACAGAACAGACAACCCCUGAAGCUUCAAGCACACCAGCUGACAUGCAGAAUAUGUUGGCAGUUCUCUUGAGUCAGCUGAUGAAAACCCAGGAGCCAGCAGGCAACCUGGAGGAAAACAACAGUGACAAGAAUAGUGGGCCACAGGGGCCCCGAAGAACUCCCUCAAUGCCACAGGAGGAGGCAGCAGCAUGUCCUCCUCACAUUCUUCCACCAGAGAAGAGGCCCCCUGAACCCCCUGGACCUCCACCGCCGCCACCUCCACCCCCUCUGGUUGAAGGCGAUCUUUCCAGCGCCCCCCAGGAGUUGAACCCCGCCGUGACAGCCGCCUUGCUGCAACUUUUAUCCCAGCCUGAAGCAGAGCCUCCUGGCCACCUGCCACAUGAGCACCAGGCCUUGAGACCAAUGGAGUACUCCACCCGACCCCAUCCAAACAGGACUUACGGAAACACUGAUGGGCCUGAAACAGGUUUCAGUGCCACUGACACUGAUGAACGCAACUCUGGUCCAGCCUUGACAGAAUCCUUGGUCCAGACCCUGGUGAAGAACAGGACCUUCUCAGGCUCUGUGAGCCACCUUGGGGAGUCCAGCAGUUACCAGGGCACAGGGUGACAGUAGUAGGGGUGGCCCCUGAGGAAUUCGGUGACAUCCAUCAGACACCUUGCAUUCAGAACCUGGCAAAUUCAGUCUCUUCCAAGAACUUAAUGCCAGGUUCAAUGGGAGACUGCACCUGUCCGAACACUGUGUGAAAUACCAGAAGUAGAUGCCUGCAGCCUGCUUCCUCCAUUCCCAAUGCCCAAAGCAGGUGGGUCACCUGGCUCCAGUGCCCACCCUUGUCCUCUUUGCCUGGUGAUGUGGAAACCAAGACCCAGAGAGGGGAAUUCAUUUGAAUCCUGUCUUGGAGCUGCUUUUGUUCCUGGGUUUAGAAAGUUCCUGGGAACACAGGGAAAGGAAAGGUAGGUAUAGUGGGAGGAAAGUCAAAUGAAGAGUCAGCAGGACAUUAUAUUCUGUUGCCUGAAGCCUCAUGUUUUUGUCCCCUGAGUCUGGGAAGCAACUUAGGGAGUCAAGCAAGUGCAUUUUCUAUGGAGCAUUACUGGGAAACAUUUUCUUUCUUUCUUUUUUUAAAUAUUUUUUAGUUGUUGAUGGACCUUUAUUUAAUUUAUGUGUAUGUGGUGCCGAGAAUCAAACCCAGUGCCUUACGCAUGCUAGGCAAGAGCACUACCACUGAGCCACAACCCCAGCCCAUGGGGGACAUUUUCUUUAUAUAGCCUGUUUCAUAGUUCAUCUCAUCCAUUCCCUUGAUUCCAAGCAGUCAGAUUUCCUUUAGUACCCGUUCCAGAAUUUUAUCUUAACUUCUAAGGGAAGGAAAUGAACCAAUUAUUCCAACUUUUUAACCUAGAAAUAAAUCUUCCAGUCAACAUUAAAUAUGGAACUUUGUUAGAAAUCUUCUCACAAGUUUCCCUGCUAUAAUAUAAACCACUGGAGAAAGUUAUGCCAAAAAGUAUAAUAAGGGGUAGUCUUAUACCUCUUGUCCAAUGUCUAAGCCUAGAACAGAGACAGAAUUCAAAUUCAAGGCCCUAAAGGCUGAAUUAGAAAAGCCCCUAAAUUCAUGUAGUACCCUGCCCUAGGGCUCUUGGUUAGGUCCCAUUUGGUUCACGUAGUGUUGAUGUACCCUGGAAGAGAAAAGCAAGUUUCCAACCGCCUCCAUUCCUACUAGCUUUCUUUUGUCACUGUUUAUGAGCUAGGGUUAAAGAGGGAAGGAUGAAGGCAAAUGGGGCCUUUACCACCAGGUUGCCAAAGCUUAAUUUCUUGGCAUCCUCCCCUUUCCUGAAUAUAUUCAACAUUCUUUGUUCUGUGCUUCAUGAGGCUGACUUGGGGUAAGGGCAAGAUUAGGCACAAAGUUUGGAAGGCAGUGCCAGGGGAAAUUUUGUCACAGUUUUCAUGCCCCCACAUCUUUUUUCCCACCCCCAGAAUUGUCUUCUCCUCUAGUUUAGUACCCAGGCCCUGGGGAAGAGCAGGAUCUGCCUCUGUAAGUGCCCCCAGCCUCAUCCUGCUCUGCCUUUAGACCCUCAGAAUCUGCCCCUGGUCUGUCUGAUCCUUUGCCUUCUCCACUGCAGCCAAGAUAAGAAGGUCCUCAGGUCCCCCAAGGACAGACUAGGAAGAAUUCUUCUAGGACCCCUGCCGGCUUCCAAGGGUAUCAAGGCUGUUGGUAGGGGGAGAACUGUGGCAGGGACUGCAAAGAAAGUUCUUCUGUUGGGUGAGAUGAGGUAGAAGGCUGCAAAGAGACAAUAUGGAGAGGUGACAUUUGGAAACUGAGUCCUGUAGUCCCACUUGUGGAGUUGACUGCUGAAUGUAAGGCAGGACAGUCAUAGGAAGUAUUAUUUGGGGGAUAUAUUAGGUGGGUGCUGUUUCUACUCUGGAAUGCAGAGCAAUGGAAAAGAGCAUGCAGUAAGGGAGGAGAGAGGAUGGCAGGCUUUCUCUAAAAAAGAGCUAGCCACCCUUUCUCUUGCUGAUGGUUGCCCUUUGUUCAUCCCUACUUCAACAUACUGGGGGAAUAUGGAAGGGGCAGAAAGGCCCUUAAAGUACUCACUCCAGAUUCUGGGUGUUUUUCAAAGAAAUAGAGCUUCCAGGCUGGGGUUAUGGCUCAGCAGUAGAGUACUCGCCUCGCACGUGCAAGGCCCUGGGUUCGAUCCUCAGCACCACAUAUAAAUAAAUAAAAUAAAGUUUAAAAAAAAAAAGCCCCUCUCUUAAAAAAAAAAAAAAAGAAAGAAAAGGAAAAGAAAGAAAGAAAGAAAUAGAGCUUCCUUUCUUUCAACCCUACCAGGUCUACCUCAUAUUCCCAAGGUCUAGCCAAGGGUUCCAGAUCCACAGCCUGGAGUCCAGAAGAAGUUCAGAGCCUUUUGUGGAAAAGAAGGGUAGAUGUGAAGUGUUUGGAAGGUAGAGAAAACAGUACCCAGAAUUCUCUGCCUUCUGGAAAAAAAGAACUAGCCACAAUGCUCAGCAAUGGCCUAGGGUUUAACUUUUACUCUAAGGGGACCCCUUUCCUCCUCCCCAUUUUCCCACUGUAUGUGGUUGGGGGAGACCUGGAAAUCUGAACCUCUUACCUUGACACCUGGAAGGCUGUUAUGCAGAUCCCCUCUCUAUAAUUCCCAAAGCUAUGGAGAAGGGGAAAGGAAGAGAAAGGGGUAGAUGGAGGUGGCUGUACCAUGGUGUUCAUUAGCACUCAAGGAGAGAGGCCAAGGAGAGAAACUGGCCAGAGAGAAAGCUAAAAGGAGAUACCUGCUCCCUGCUCCUGAAACAGCAUCCUUACCCCAUCCUCGCUUGCUUCCCCUCACAUGCCUAUGGGGCUAUAUGCCUGAGUGUGCCAGCUCUCCUGGCUGGUUAUCCUGCUCCAUGGAGACGGCAGCCAGCACUCUGCCCCUGCAUAGAGCACAUGCAGUAGUCUCUCACACUCCUGUGCUCAGUCAUCUCAAUGUGCCUGUGUUACAGAUUACUAUUAUUAGGGAUGAAAGAGGGCUGUGGCCCUAUGGGUAAGAAGAUGGUGGGCUCCGGGGCCUUUUGGGUGCAUUUUGCUUGGCUGGAGGAGGGGGUAGGGAGAAGGCUGCUGGCAGCUCAGCAGAGCCUGAGGUUCUAGUGACUCACAGCAGUGGGGGUGGCUCAUAAAAACAACAGAGGGGAAGGGGGCCCAGGCCUAUUAGAACUCUCUUUGCUCCUUCUCCCCACUUUGAACUCUGUGGAUGAAAAUCUCUCAUCUAGAUGAGGAGAGACCCUAGCUAUGAAAAAAGAAGGAAGUGGGAGAAGAGAAGAGAGCAGGAGAAGCUGAACAUUCUCAGAGGAGCAGCUUCCCAUAAGGAGAGUCCAGUUAUUCUUGCCUUACUGUAUCUAUGGAUUGCACAGGGUGUACUGGGCAUUCACAUGUGCUAAGGCCUCCCAGUAUCUCUGGACUUUUUCCAGAAGAAAGCUUUCCAAGUACACCCAACUAUUUCUCCCUGCCUCAUUUGCCUGCCUCACCAGUGAAUUAUGUACCCAGUUGACUCUACAUUUUCAGAAAUUAAAAAACAAAACAAAAUGGGGCUGGGGAUGUGGCUCAAGCGGUAACUGGCUUGUCUGGCAUGCGCGCGGCACUGGGUUCGAUCCUCAGCACCACAUAAAAAUAAAAUAAAGAUGUUGUGUCCACCAAAAACUAAAAAAUAAAUAUUAAAAAAAAAAAAAACAGGGCUGGGGAUGUGGCUCAAGCAGUAGCGUGCUCGCCUGGCAUGCGUGCGGCCCAGGUUCGAUCCUCAGCACCACAUACAAAACAAAGAUGUUGUGUCCGCCGAAAACUAAAAAAUAAAUAUUAAAAAAUUCUCUCUCUCUCUCUCUCUCUUUUCUUUUUUUAAAAAAGAAGAAAACCACUACAACAAGAUCAGAACCUAAAAGAAUUAUCACCUUUUCUCAGUAGUUUCUUCCUUAGAAAGAGACACCUAGGACCAGAGAGGAGCAGCUAGGGGUAUUUAGAUUGGCAGAACAGGCUGUUGGUACAGAAUGAACAGUGGGUGCAGAAACACAGGUCUUUAAAAGUGCUGAUGCCUUCCCCUCUCACAGGCCAGUGGGCAAUAUACAUUUCUAUCCUUUUUGAAUCAGGGGAUGAUAGAGUACUGUGCUGAAUAUCAUAAUAGAAAGAGAUCAGAAGGUAGACUAAGACAACUGUCUAUGCCUGUGAUCCUAGUCCUGGGGCCUGUGACCGAGCCUGAAUUUUCACUU